AUGAUUCACCGCACUAGUUUACUGCUCCUCGCCGCUUUUCUCACCUUCGAUGGAACUGUCAAGGUGUCCGCAUUCCCCUUGCCACCACCGGAAAAUGCCCACCAAAUCAACCAGGAUGCCCAGAUGAGACAGACCAUGGGUCCGGUGACGGAAAACGGAUGUUCAAAAGAUAUGGAAUGGAAAGCUGGAAAGCCAUCGUUUGACAAGGAUCAGGUUGCAGAGAGGUUGACUGUCUACAACAAUGUCUGGUCGGCUCAAUCCGCGUCUGGGGAUAGCAGGCAAAGUGUGAAAUGUAACUCGUAUAAAGACGGGAAAAUAAAUUGGAGCACGUCGCUCGCCUUCACUUCCACUAACCCCAGCUUGAACAAUCAAGUCAAAUCUUACUCCAACGUUGGUUGGGCGGGUAAGCCGCUCAAGAUAUCUCUCCUAAAUACCUUCUCGUCCAGUUGGAAUUGGUCUUUUAAGGCAGCAUCAUCUGAUUUGGUUGCCGAUGUGUCCUACGACAUCUUCACGUCCCUGUCACCUACUUGCUCGGGCCAAGGAGGAGGAUGUGCUUCACAUGAGAUUAUGAUUUGGCUGGUCGCUAAAGGAGGUGCAGCACCGGCAGGCGCCAAGACAGGCAAGACCGUAUCAAUCGGAUCGAGAUUUACUUUCGAUGUCUGGAAAGGUGUCGUUGGUGGCAUUCCGGUCAUUUCUUUAGUUCCAGUCGGUGGAAAAGCGUACCACAACUUCGCCGGUGAUUUCAAGCCUCUUCUGCAGAAAGAGUUGACCCAAUUCGGACUCGAUCCGAAUGAGUUUAUCGCCACCGUAGGUAGUGGAAUUGAGCCAUUCACAGGAUCUGUUACGCUGACUUCGGAAUAUAGCUUACGACUUCUCUGA